GCGGAUCUCAACAGUAUUGAUGUUGAAAGUUCUAACAAUUGUCAUUGGCUGCCUGCUGGCCUUGCUGGGCUCCGGAUCGGUGCGGGCGGCCUUUCUGCAGGAGUGCGAGGGCGUCAUCAUAAGCCGUGUGCCCAAUCCGAAUCCCGACUGCAGCGAAUAUGUCUUUUGCAAUGGCGCUGAUUCCUACUACUGCAAUGGCGACUGCACCGAGCCGGUCAGCUGCUACGGCUCGAAUGAGACGGAGGCAACGAUGUCGCCGGACAGCACGGAGCUGGCAACGGAGCAGCCAGCCGCAAGCAGCACGGAGACUUCCAGAGCAACCACCGGCAGCAGCAGCAGCAGCAGCAGCAGCAGCAGUAAGAGCUCAACCCUUAGCAGCACCAGGAGCACUACCUCGUUACCAUCCACGACGACCACCAACACGAGCAGCCUCCAAGUGAUCUGCCGGAGAAGCGGUCAGAACGGCGUCUAUCCUUAUCCGGCGAACAAUAACUAUUAUUAUCAGUGCAUCGCCGGGUAUCUGCUGCUGCAGCAGUGCCCGCAGCAUUUCCAUUUCGAUGUAGCGCUGAGCCAAUGCACUGGCUCAAACCCUUAUCAAUUGUAAGCACCCUCACAGCUCUAGCCAAACAGGGUUGGCAAUAAUAAAGUCAACACAAUCAGCAGGAGU